GCGACCUGACCUCGGAUAAGCGGAAGAAGACGGAUGGACUUUUCAGUAUGUGGCCCUUGGUGGAAAAUGUUUGGACACCCCUGGAGAGAGUUGAGCUCUAAAAGAUGGCUGGACUGAUGACGUGUGUGGGGGACAUCAAUUAGGUGAUGCUUCAUACUUGCCCUCCCACGGGACGAGGUGGAAUAUCAACAAUGUCCAGCACCAGCUGACGAGCAGCACGUUCACAUUCUUCAUAGCGUGCCCGGCCCCUCCCCGACACCACACCAAACCAAGCUUUUGGGCCCAGGAGCCAAGGGGGCUGCCUUUUUAGGAGACACCUGAUUCCAGCUUAACGUGCCCUGGCGCUGCAUAAAGAAAGCCGUGGAUGAUAACACUGACACUUGGGUGGUAGUGGACCAGGAGGCGCGUGCUCGACUGGCUGGUAGAACGGGAAGAAGCGAUGGCUUUGUCAACCCUGGUCUCUCAAUAGUCCCUGAGGGUGGCUUUGCAAAGGAGUCCAGAACUCUAAACUUGGGACGUUGUAAGGACUUUUGUGGGUAGGGUGUUGCAGGAUCUGGAGCAAUGGAGAAAUUCAAGGCCGGUAUGGUUCUGGGCGGCGUCGGCGACGCCCUGGGCUUCAGAAAGGGCCGCUGGGAAAGCUGCACAUCAGGCAGGAAGAUCCAGGAGGAACUGGCGUCCUUGGGCGGCCUGGGAGCGCUGAAACUGGACCCUGACAACUGGCCGCUGAGCGACGCCGCGCUGAUGCACAUAACCACAGCCGAGGCCCUCAUAACAGAUUACUGGUGUCUGGAGGACCUGUACCGUGAGCUGGUGCGUCUCUAUGUCGGUGCCAUGGUUUCUCUCCAGGGCAGGAGCCCUGAUCCGGCCACAGUGGAAGGCUGUGUUCACCUAAAACCUCAUAAUGUUCUCCUGGCUUGGCACACACCCUUCAAUGAAAAAGGGUCUGGUUUCGGGGCAGCUGCGAAGGCAAUGUGUGUAGGUAUGAGGUACUGGCAACCUGAGAGACUAGAAAACCUAGUGGAGGUCAGCAUUGAGACCGGCAGGAUGAUACACAAUCAUCCAACAGGCUUCCUGGGGUCCCUGGCAACAGCAUUGUUUGCGUCUUUCGCAAUCCAGGGGAAACCUCUCGGAACUUGGGGCCGUGAGCUCAUGAAGGUCAUCCCUCGGGCUGAGGAGUACUGCAGGAAGACCAUAAGACAUAUAGCAGAAUAUCAGGAAAACUGGUUCUACUUUGAGGCCAAGUGGCAGUUUUACUUGGAAGAAAGGGGACUGGAAAAAGAAGGUCAGAACAAACCUUUGGUUGACAAUCGCUACGAUGCUGACGACACAGAUAAGAUGUAUAAGCGAUGGAGUUCGGAGGGACGUGCUGGCCGGAGGGGACAUGAUGCCCCGAUGAUAGCCUACGAUGCCCUCCUGAUCGCAGGAAGCGACUGGGCGGAACUUUGCAGAAGAGCCAUGUUCCAUGGAGGGGCGGGUGAAGCCACAGGCCUCAUCGCUGGCUGCCUCUAUGGCCUCCUGUAUGGUCUCAAUCAAGUUCCUCCCAGCCUCUACCAGGAUUUAGACAAAAGGGAACGCUUGGAGCAGCUUGGAGAGGCGCUUUACAAAGCAGCAUCUGCAGAGAAGUGCACAGACAAGUAAAAACUGCUGCCUACUGGCUAUCAGAGGAACUGCACGACCCAAAGACCCCUCGUCUUUUAGUCCUUGUUGGUAGAUCCUCUUUCUAAAGUAACACGUCCUUUCUUCACCCUUCUACCCUUGAUCUUGCCAUAUAUAAACCACCGACUUUAAUCAAUCACGCAAGUGUAAAAGGUUCCGUCAACAUUUGUCUUUAUGCAUCUAACCAGCAUCUAUUCCACAUAAAGUAUAUCUCGUAGCAUAUUGCAUGAAUUUUAAGAUGAAUGAACGCUUUUAUAUCAGAUUGCUGUGGGGAGAAAUAAAUUAUAGCAACUGAGGACAACCCUAACUCUAAUUCCCGAUUGCUUAGUGUUAACUUUUAACAUUUGAACUGCAUAAUUUUCUCUGGAUCAGAGGUGUCCAAACCAUAUACGUCUUCAAUUUGACCCACAAAACGCCAUGAGGGUUAAUAAAAUAUCCGACUCACAAGGAGAUUGUAUUAAUUUUAAUAGUCUGACAGUAUUGAUACUGCUAUUAUGUCACCAUCUAGUGGACAUUGUGAACAAUCCAGGUCAAUGACCUUUAAUUAUGCUCUGAAUUGGCAACAUUUCCUUAUUUGACCCAAUGCAAACAACCUUCCCUAGUCAUGGUGCAAAAAAAUAAAUAAAUCCAACCAACUCCAAAUGUCAACAGAUAUGGCCACACAUAACACAACCUACCCAAAGAAUAUUGUGGAUAUUAUAAAAAACGUCCAUGCACCAUAAACAUUUCAAAAUUACACCCAUUACAAAGCAUAAUGAGAAAAAUGCAAAACACUGUACACUUAACCAUGUUUGCCGCAUUUUAACGGCUUGAUAUUUCCGAUUGAUUACAAAACUCUAAGGAGGUGGCCACGGAAGUAAACAAAGUAGGAGUCAAACUUUCACAUAUUCUUAAUAUCCAACUAUAUAAAUGACUAAUUAUAUAUCCAUUAUAUUAAUAUAAUAUGUACACAUAUGUAUAUGUAUAGGCAAUAUAUGCAUAUAUAUAGUUACUUUAUAUAUAUCUAUAAUCCAGGUCAAUGACCUUUAAUUGUGCUCUGAAUGCAAGUUCGCGCAGCAAUUCCUAUGUGACCCAAUGCAAACAACCUUCCCUAGUCAUGGCGCCAAAAAAAAAAAAUAUAUAUAUAUAAAAAAAAAUCCAACCAACACAAAAUGUCAACAGACAUGGUCACACAUAACAAACACAACCUGCCCACUGAUAUUGUGGAUAUUUUAAGAAACGUCCAUGCACUAUAAAACAUUUUUUUAAUUACACCCAUUUAAAUCCAUUAAAAAGCCCCAUGGGAAAAAUGCAAAACAGUCACCACACUUAUCCAUGUUUGGUGCAUUUUUUCUGCUUGAUGUUUCUUGGUUGAUUACAAAACUUUAAGGAGGUCUUCACAGAAGUAAACAAGGUAGGAGUCAAACUUUCACAUACUCUUAAU